AUGGACACAAUAUUUAACUCAGCCUCUUAUGGUACCAGGCAACUGACUAAACGACUAAGAAACCCCAGAGGUCCCUGUUUCUUGGCCAGUGGUUUUUUUCUGUUUUGGCUGCUUCUUUAUCUAGCAGUCGUUGUGCCAUUAUUCCAUAGUGUUCCAGGUCCCAAGUUUGUCGAGGAUGCUUCCAAAGGUGUUUUCAUUGCCCAAAGAGCAAUGGAAAAUCUACAAAAUCUGGUCAAAAUCGGACCUAAAGUUGUUGGCAGCGAAAACAACGAGAACAAGACCGUCCAGUUUCUUCUAAAUGAAUUGUCUAUAAUCCAAAAGAAAGUCAUCGACGACCUAUUUGAUAUGGAAGUUGAUCUGCAGGAGGUUUCGGGAUCAUACAUUCAUUGGACAAUGGUGAAUAAGUAUCAGGGAGUGCAAAACAUAGUUAUAAAGCUAAGUCCAAAGAACUGCAGCAGCGAGACUUACCUGCUGGUCAACAGCCACUUUGAUUCCAAGCCAACCAGUCCUUCUGCCGGCGACGCUGGCCAAAUGGUGGCCAUCAUCUUGGAGGUUCUUCGUGUGAUAUCCUCCACCAGGCAAACUUUCACUCAUCCAGUAAUCUUUCUGCUUAAUGGAGCUGAGGAGAAUCCUCUGCAGGGUUCCCAUGGCUUUAUUACCCAACACAAAUGGGCUCCAUUCUGCAAAGUUUUCCUCAAUCUGGAGGGCGUGGCCGGUGGAGGUCGAGAGUUACUCUUUCAAACUGGACCCAACCAUCCCUGGCUACUUGAUUACUACAAAGAGAACGCUGUGCACCCAUUCGCCACCACUUUGGGUGAAGAGAUAUUUCAAACUGGCUCCUUGCCAUCUGAUACAGACUUCGGUAUUCUCACUAAAUACGGAAACCUCAUUGGUCUAGAUAUGGCUCAAAGCAUCAAUGGAUAUACCUAUCACACAAAGUACGAUACUUAUGACAUAAUUCCAUCUAACUCUGUUCAAAGUAUGGGUGAUAAUGUGCUUAGUCUGGUUCGCGCCCUUUCCAAUGCCUCCCAACUGAAUAAUAUUGGGGAAUACGAGAACGGUCCAUCUGUAUUUUUUGACGUUUUGGGCCUGUUUUUCGUCAACUACACUAACAAAACCGGCAUUACUUUGAAUUUUUCGGUAGCUACAGUGGCCAUAGUCCUAAUCUACUUAUCCCUCCGUCGCAUGGCUACUAGUUCGGAAGUUUCUUCGUCAUUUAUCUUGUGCUGGUUCCUAGUGAUUCUACUGGUACAGAUAUUUGCCGUAGGACUUGCCUUGGGUCUACCCCUAUGGAUUGCGAGUAGUUUUGAUAGGAACGGUCUGAGCCUUACUUACUUCAGCACGCCUUCACUGAUGUUCGGCCUAUAUGUCUGUCCAUGUCUGUUCGGCUUGCUUUUGCCACCUUACAUAUUCAUCGGUCUCCCUAGACACAAAAAGACUUACUUUAGGCAACAACUGCAUAUGAUUCUUCACGCCCAUGCCUUCAUAUUGGCUCUCCUGGUAAUCACAUUAACCUCUUAUGGUCUUCGAAGCACCUAUGUCGUAACCUGGACUCUCCUGCUCUAUGUAAUUGCACUGGCCAUCAACAUGAUAACGGGUCUGCACAAUGCAGGAAUCUCGUGGGCAGCGCCAGUAGUUAUAUUCCAAGUUUUCUCAUUUCUGUACAACACUUAUCUGCUGUAUACUCUGCUGCAGACGAUGCUUGCGAUGAUGGGUCGAUUCGGCAGGUCAACUAACCCGGAUUUAAUUAUGUGUGCUAUCAACGCCUUGGGAACUGUUUUGGCAAUGGGUUUCUUGGUUCCCAUUGUUAUUAUAUUUCGACGACCUGGUCUGAUCCUAUUUACGUUGGUGACCGUGGCUAGUGUUAGUAUCCUGGCAGCUACUUGCACCCACCUAGGAUUUCCCUAUAGGCCGAGGACCAGUGCUGAGCGUGUACCGUACUUGCAUGUUCGUCGUACCUUCUACGAAUUCGAUGGAAACGUUAGUAAAGAGGACUCCGGCUACCUGUUCAACUUCCAGGAUCGCCUUGGACCAGCUCCACUACAAGGAACCAGUGUGAACCUAACUGGGUUAGUUGGCAUUGAAUCCGAGUGCGAGAAGCACAUGAUGUGUGAUCAGCCACUUUACGAUCACCGAUGGGUGAAGAAUCGUCUGAACGCCAUGUGGCUACCUCGUGAGGAACUGAUAGAUCCUCCAUACAUUCCAGAGGUGAAGCUCAUAAACAAGAUGAUCCUCGCCAAUAAGACAACAGUCCGCUUUGAAUUCACGAUUAAUACCACUGAUCAUACGAGUGUGUUUAUUCAACCACUUCCGGACGUGAACAUAACAAACUGGUCUUUUCCGGUCGAAUACAUUGGCCAGCAAACAACCUACCAUGUAUACUUCUCCUAUGGCAAGGACAAUACGCCAUUAUCCUUCUUCAUCGAUCUGUCGAAAACCAAUGGCAACUUUGAGGUUCCCCUAUUCAAGUUAGGUGUUUCCGCACACUUUAUUGGCAGCAAGGGGGACGAGCUCAGCCAGAAGUUCGCCAAGUCUUUCCCGGACUUUGCCGUGCUGAUCGAGUGGCCAACGUCAUAUCAACGAUUUAUUUUCUGAUUCAUUCUCAGCUACACGGAUUCUUAGUGCCAUUAAACACACAAGUGUGUUUCAUAUUCAUAAAAGCUAU